AUGUCAGACGAAGUUACAUUAUUUGAGGUUUGCGUGGAUUCAGUGAUGUCAGCUGUAACAGCAGAGGAUGGAGGAGCAUCACGAAUUGAAUUAUGUGCUAACCUGGGAGAAGGCGGAACGACGCCUAGCUCAGGAAUGAUAACAGCCGUUCUUAAAAGAGUAAAAAUUCCUGUGAUGGUCAUGAUUAGACCAAGAGGUGGCGAUUUUUGUUACAGCGAAGAGGAAUUUGAAGUGAUGCGCUUGGAUUUAGAACACGUGAAGAAACUGUCGGGUGUCUAUGGAGUUGUAUUUGGAAUAUUAAAGCCUGAUGGCAGCGUCGAUGUCGAAAGAGUGACAAAAUUGGUUGAGAUUGCCAAACCGUUGAAAGUAACUUUCCACCGAGCUUUUGAUAUGACCAAUGAUCAUCUAAAAGCACUUCAUGAUAUUAUAAGAAUUGGAGGCAUUCAAAGAAUACUCACAAGUGGUCAUGACACAACAGUACUGGAAGGGUUGGAAACCAUUAAAGAAUUGCUGAAACAUUCCGGAGAUCAUAUCAUUAUAAUGCCGGGCGGAGGUGUCAGGGAAUCCAACAUAUCAAGGAUUCUAUCUUCGGUACAACUCAAAGAGAUUCAUGUAUCAGCGAGCACAAAAUUUUCUUCGUCUAUGGAGCAUAAAAUCACGAAUAUUCAUAUGGGCAAAGCGUUAUAUGACGAUGAAUAUUUGGUGGGUGGUGUGUGUAAGGAAAAAUUGAUGGGAAUGAUUAACGCUGCUGCCACUAUAAAAAAAUGA